CUAACCAACGAUUAAAAUAAAACUAGCCGCCCUAAAAAACGAAUCAACUGCAUCGCGCCCGACCGUAGUCAAAUCAACAUCCAAUUAAAAAAAAUUAAAAUUUUAUUAGUAGGGUUUAAUAGUGAGCUUCUUCCUUUUUUCUCGUCUUCCUCUCUCGCAGAAGCUGGAAAAGCUCUCUGCUUUAAUUUUUUUUCCUUUUUAUUCCGCCUCAGAGCCUCUCUACAAACAUUGAAAUUACAACGGGUACGGAAUUAAUAACCGACUCUGUUUUUUUAAAUGAAAGCAACGGUGAUUACUAGCUCGGAAUUGAGAACCGAGACAGUAAAGGAGGAAGGUUCGGAUCUUGGAAACGGGUCAGUGGGUUCUGCUUUUCCCAGUGUUGAUCUGUCAGAGAGAAAGAUCAAGUUUCAUCGAGCGAGGAAGCCCUUUAAUGGGUUUAAAAGUUGUGGCGGUGGUGAUUUUAGGAUAGAGACACUAAACCCCGGGUCGGGUUCGAAGCGGGUACACGGGGUGGGGUCUGGUCAAUUGGGUGUUACAGGAAGGAAGGUUGAUGGGAUGGAUAUGUGUGAGAAUGGUUUGGAUCCAGUUCUGAGUUUGAGGAUUACUUUUCGUAAAAUUGGUGCUGGUUUGGAGAAUCUUGGAAACACUUGUUUUCUUAAUUCGGUAUUGCAAUGUCUGACGUACACAGAGCCUUUAGUAGCUUAUCUACAAAGUGGCAAGCAUCAAAAUUCUUGCCGUAUUGCUGGAUUUUGUGCCUUAUGUGCUAUCCAGAAACAUGUUAGCCGUGCUUUGCAAUCAACUGGGAGGAUUUCGGCACCGAAUGAUCUUGUCUCAAACCUACAACGCAUAUCUCGGAACUUCCGAAAUUCUCGACAGGAGGAUGCACAUGAGUACAUGGUAAACCUUCUGGAAUCCAUGCACAAGUGCUGCUUACCUUCAGGAAUACCAAGUGAAUCCCCUAGUGCUUAUGAGAAGAGUUUGGUGCACAAGAUCUUUGGUGGCCGCCUUCGAAGUCAGGUGAAAUGCAUGCAGUGUUCAUGCUGCUCCAAUACAUUUGAUCCCUUCCUAGAUUUAAGUCUCGAAAUAGUUAAGGCAGAUUCCUUGCAUAAAGCACUUAAAAACUUCACCACUGCGGAGCUUUUAGAUGGAGGAGAGAGGCAAUACCAAUGCCAACGCUGCAAGCAGAAAGUUAAGGCAAUCAAACAGCUCACAGUUUACAAUGCACCUCAUGUACUUUCCAUCCAUCUAAAGAGAUUUCGUGCACAUGAUUUUGGGCAAAAGAUUGACCGGAAAGUUGAAUUUGGUCUGACCUUAGACAUGAAGCCUUUUGUCAGUGGUUCCAAUGAACGAGAUUUGGAAUACACUCUUUAUGGUGUUCUGGUUCAUUGUGGAUGGAGCACUCGAUCUGGCGACUACUACUGCUUUGUUCGCACAUCAAGUGGCAUGUGGUAUUCCCUUGAUGACAACAGGGUUGUCCAGGUCAGUGAGAGGACUGUUUUGGAGCAGAAGGCUUACAUGUUGUUCUAUGUUCGUGACAGAAGAAAUACUGCUAUAAGAAAAACUAUUGAUAUUCUUCAGAGAGACAACUUAAAAGCAACUGUGAAAGGAAGGUCUGUUUUUGAUCAAAAUCCUAUGGAGCAUGUGCAAACUGGUCCAGAUGAGAAUAAAUUAUGUGCUUCAGGCACUUCUGCUGUUAUGACUCAAAAGGAUACUGUUGAUGGUGGCUUAUCAAAGGAUACAAUCAUGAAGGAAGUGCCAUCUCAUCAAGAUUAUGUUCAGUUAAUGGCAGAACGCUCUGUACUUAACCUGUCCAUUUUACCCUCUCCCAAUGUGCCAUUAUUGAAGGCCUCAUCACAGUCAUCUGCUUCAAACCUAGUUCAUGGUGAAAACUUGCAACCAUCAGUGUGUUCUGUGGUUGGCAAUGUUGGAAGUUCUAAUAUUGAAAUUUCUACAAUUACUGUUGGUGCCAAAGACAGUGACUGUAAUGAGAGGGGAAACUCUAAAAGGGAUUUUGGAGUCCCAGUGACCAUGUCACCCAAUUGUGGUGGUCUCCAGAACUCAGACACUGACAAUAUUGUGACUAAACAGACCUUGCAGAAGAUUAAUUUUGCUCCAAACAUUGAGGUUUCAAGUACCGUUGUUGCGUUAGAAGAUUUUAUCGAUAAAGCAGUGAAUAAUGUUUCUGGUGAAGUGCCAUCUUCGAGUAAUACUAACGAAACAUUGAAGAAUGUUCAGGCUUUUAGGUCUCCAAAUAGGCCAGACUGUGACAGUAGUCAGGUUGGAGAUGUUUCCAGUGUCAGUACCAGUGAUAAGUCACUGAACGAGAAGGGAGAUGAUAGUAGCCAAAAAAAUACUUCCGACUUCCCUUGGAGCAUUCCAAAUGGUUCUCUGAACACUAAAGCUCCUGAAUAUGCACCCUGUCGAAAAUCAAAGACGAAGCAUCUGAAGCGUCAGCUUAAAAACAUGCAUAUUGGCUUAAAAUUAACAUUAUUCAGGGCAUCUCUACACAUACACAGCAAGAAGAAACAUAAAAGGAGCAAGAAAUGCACAUUAAAUUCCGACGUUCUUUGUAAAGAAAAUUUGUUGGAUAAGGAUUGUUUUCCCUCAGAUCUGGGGCCAUCUACAUCUGAGAAAUCCAGCACAAUGAGUUUAGGUUUGAUUCAAUGUGGGAGGAAAAACGCAGGAAUUGGUACUGCUCUGGAAAGUGUUAGCAAUAGUGCCAGUUCCUUGAUGAAUACUAUACAUGGAGAAUUUAAAGAGAGGAUUUAUCAGAAUGGUACUGUUCUUGCUACGGAUCAACAGGUAGAAAGGAGUUCUGGCUUAGUCUCAGUAGCCAACUGGCAUGACUCAAUAGAAAUUGCUUCUUUGAAAGAUUGCAAAACUGGUGCAUCUUCGCAUAGGCAUGUGCUUAAGAGUGGUCUGGGGGAGACAACUGUUGCAAGAUGGGAUGACAUGGACUUUGCCUCACCCUAUCAGACCGUAGAAGCAAAUGGUAUGGAAAGUAUCAAAAUUGGUUAUGUUCUAGAUGAAUGGGAUGAAGAAUAUGACCGUGGUAAGAGGAAGAAAAUAAGGCACCAUAACCACAACUUUGGUGGUCCAAAUCCUUUCCAACAAAUUGCCACCAAGAAAACACAGUUAAAGAAGGCGAAAUUGGACCAUUCUAACUCCGAAAACCAACCAUUCAGGAUAUGAAGUAAUCCAUCAAUUUGGAGCAAUUUUGACCUGUCUGUCUGCUGCUACAGUUAAUGUAGUAAUUGUUGCUGUGAGCUAAAUUCUAUCAUGUAACCAGGAGUGUUUAAAGUGGAAAAAGAAAAAGAACAUUCAAAAAAUUCAGAUUUGUUUUGCCUUUCUGAAAUUUCUUCAUUAGGGAAAGGUAGGGAAAGGGAGAGACACAUGAUUAUCAAUGUAUUAACUUGGUUUUGUACUCACGGGCCAAAAGAGCCUGUAUCUUAGUAAUAAAGACCUUGUGGUAGUGCCACUUAUUAUUCAAUUACGUAUCGAGAAUUCUUUCUUCUUUUUCAUUUUAAUUUACAACGCCAUUUGAAGUAAAAGCAAGCUGGGAGGUUAAUCUCAGAUAAAAGAUUAUCAAAAGUACCUUCUUUUUCUCGUUUUUGUUCAACCAAGUGGGUUUAUUCAGGUUUGGAGUUUUGACCCUAUGAUUCAGACCAACGCCUCAAGGGUAAGGUGAUCAUCAAACCUGGAAACCCCCUCAAUUUUCUGUCCAGUGUCCCAAAUGAUUGGUCCAUGCUAGUUUUCAAGAAAAGCUCACCAUUUUAGAGCC